AUGGGUGUUGACAAACAAAUGGGUGUUAACAAUCAAAUGGAUGUUGAUAAAGGAACCGGACGACUAUUGUCUUCAGACCGAAUGAGAGUCGAUGAGGAAACUGGACGGUUGUUGUCGUUCAACCGAACGGGAGUUAAUAAAGAAACAAAAUGGUCGUUGCUAUCAAGUAAAAAUGGGAAUUAUGCACUGGACAGGUGUGAAAAAGCUUCAGACCACGUGUUGCUUUCUAGUGAGAUGAGCCAUAUAGAAGAUGAGUCAUCUUGGUAUUUGGACAUGGGGUGUUCCAAUCAUAUGACGGGCAAGAGCAAUUGGCUACUCGACUUGGAUACAAGUAUAAAGAGCAUUGUUCGUUUCGUAGACAAUAGUGUUAUCACAGCUGAAGGCUCAAGCAAGGUGUUGAUUACACAACAAUCUGUUGACUCUUGGACAACUCCUGGAGAAAGGAUAUACGAUGACAAUGCAGCAAAGACACAUCAAGUUGGGACUGAUACUGGAGAAGAAGGAUGGUUAUGGCACUAUCGCUAUGGACAUCUGAAUUUCAGAAGCUUGGGCCAACUGAGAGAUAAAGAUUUGGUGAAAGGUAUUCCUACAAUCUCUGCACCAAGCAAGGUCUAUGAGGGAUGUGCCAUUGGAAAGCAAACCAAAAAAGAAUUCAAGAAGGUCGCAGCCAAAAGAGCCAAGCAACCUCUGGAAGUGGUCUACUCUUAUGUGUGUGGACCCUUUGAUGUGCAGUCACUUGGAGGUGACAAAUAUUUCCUAAUCUUUGUUGAUGAAUACUCUAGAAAGAUUUGA